AUGUCCACAACAAGCACACAGCCGACGCCGGCUUCAACCAAGAUUCCGCACAAGGACUCAAUGAAGUCAACUUGGCGGACUGGAGACCGCAGCAAAUGGGACAUUUACCAAAAGAUAAUCGACUAUACAAAUGGAUAUCCAACAUAUUUAGAUAAACCCAUCCCCAAGCAUGCCAAAACAGACAAAGUCCCCCAUUUAGGCCAACUAUCUCAACACGCAUGGAUCCUAUUCUACGGAGUCAUCCCUCUCGCCCUACACCAAGCCUUUGUUUCCUUAACUGGCUGGAACAUUAGCAAACACGCCGCAGUUCACUUCUACGUCUUCCUCUAUAACCUCGUUCUCAUCCGCGAAGUCCACAUCCUCCGCCGUCUCGGCCACAAACACGGCUUCCUAGACGGCGACGCCCACGACCGGGACGGCAUUCCCGACAACAACGGCGCCGGCAAGAUCAUCUGGGCGUUAUACAAAACCGUUGGCGCCCGAAUUCUAAUGAUGGUCCUCUUCACCUACACACCGCAAGAAGCGCCCCUCGACAUAAUCACCAACCGGAAAUGGCUGGCCACUCUGCCCCUCAAGACAGGCCUGUAUGCCAUCAUCCUAGAUUUCUGGUUCUACACAUAUCACCGCUCGGUCCACGAAGUCCCGGGCCUCUGGCGCUUCCACCGCACCCACCACCUCACCAAGCAUCCUAACCCGCUGCUGUCGGCCUACGCCGACGGGGAGCAGGAGUUCAUCGAGAUGGUCGCCGUUCCAUUCUUGACGUACUCUGUCUUUUGGGCGGCUGGCUAUCCCCUGGGUUUCUACGACUGGUGGAUCUGCCACCAGUACAUCAUGUAUACGGAAGUCUGGGGACAUAGCGGUAUCCGAGUGCAUCUGGAGGUUCCCUCGACGCUAAGCUGGCUGCUUCGUGCGCUGAAUAUGGAGUUGUGCGUGGAGGAUCACGACUUGCACCAUCGGUAUGGGUACAGGAAGAGCCAGAAUUACGGGAAGCAGAGCCGCGUUUGGGACACGCUUUUUGGAACGUGUGGCCAGCGGAUUGAGACUGCGGAUUCUAAUGUCGACUAUGUGAAUCAGGCGUACAUGCCGAUAUUUUGA